AGAAUAAAAAAAGAAAAAGAAAAUCAACAAUCAAAUCACGAUUACAAAUGAAUAAUAUGCGUGUUGUUUUUCUAUUUGCCACCACUGUCAUUUCAUUGGUCUUGUUUAUAGUCCUCGUUAUGCAGGGUGCACCGUGGAAUAAUAUACAAAUAUUUUUCUUAUCGGUCAUUAUCAUUAUAUUGAUAGCAAGUUUAGUUGGUUUUAUAUUCGCUGCCAUACGUAAUUAUUGUUGGACAACAACCAUAUCAUAUAGUAAUCCAACACCAACAACGUUGUAUACAAAUCCACCACCAAUUGGAUCGGCUGAAGCUGAAUUUCAGAAUGAAUAUAUACCUGUAUUUCCAAUGAGACAAUUACAGCCACGUGUUGAUCUUGAUAAGCCUUAUUAAUGUGUAAAAUCUACAUACCAAAUAUUGAAGUCGCCGACAACAACAACAACAACAACAAAAACCAAGCAGCACAACAACAACAACAACAACCACAAAAAUCUGGCCAAAUCGAUAUAAUUCCAGCGUCCUUUUCUUUUUUUUUUUUUUAUUUGUUUUAUGUAUGUUACCCUAUCUCUAUGUCUAAGAUUUGUGUAAAUUAAUUCUUGUUAUAUUCAUUAAAAAGCGAUUUUUUUUAUUCAAUCAAAUAAUUU